AUGGGUGUCGCCGUGGAUAGGCAAACGGGAACUUUUGUUGAGCAUGUGGUUGAAGAAGAGGAAGAAGAUGCAGAUUCAUACAUGAGUACAGAUGUUGGUGGGAUGCCUAUUUUGGAUAUGAACGAAUGUCCAGGAUCAUUGUUCAAGCCGCACACGUACGAAAUACCUAUUCUUGGCACGGAUGAUCAUAGUUUCCUAUGGAGGCCCUACACGGUUGAGAUUCUAGCCGAUUUGCCUCCUGACUAUGCAGUCGGGAGUGACCUAGAUCAUACCACAGCGGAACAGAGCCUUCGUCUUAAUAUAUUUUUUUGUUUUUCUUCAGUUUUUGGCGAUGGCGAGUAUGAACUGAGCAUGCGGUUCAUGGCAAUAGCGUGUAUUCGAAAUGAGAGCCGAGGCGACCUUUCGCGGACACCUCACUAUCCGUCCAUGCCCAAGUACCCCAAAGGCGUCCCGGUGCCGGAGAAGAAGAUACUGCAGCGGUCGGAGGCUAGGGCUCUGUUCUCCAUCACUGGAAUGACGUGCUCUGCCUGCGCCGGCUCCGUCGAGAAAGCCAUCAAAAGGCUUCCCGGAAUCCGAGAGGCCGUCGUCGACUUCUUCAACGGCCGAGCCCAGGUCAUCUUUUAUCCCGCCUUCGUUAAGGAGGAGACAAUUCGUGAAACCAUUGACGAUGUUGGAUUUCAGGCCACAUUGGUUAGAGAGGAAACAAAUGAUGGAUCCUCUCAAGUUUGUCGAAUAAGCAUAAAAGGAAUGACAUGCACUUCUUGCUCCACUACCAUUGAAUCUGCUUUGCAAGCAACUAAUGGUGUACAAAAAGUUCAAGUUGCUUUAGCUACUGAAGAGGCAGAAAUUCGUUAUGAUCCAAAGACUGUGAGCUACAAUCAGCUGUUGGAAGCCAUAGAAUAUACCGGAUUUGAAGCCAUGCUUAUUAGUGCAGGGGAAAACAGGAGCAGGAUACAUCUCAAGAUUGAUGGGGUACGGACUGGUCAUUCCAAGAGAAUGAUUGAAACCUCUCUUCAAGCACUCCCAGGAGUUCAAGAAGUAGACAUCAAUCAUGCACUCAAUAAAUUUUCCCUUUCUUACAAACCAGAUGUGACAGGACCUAGAAUUUUUAUCCAAGUGAUUGAGUCAACUGGAUCUGGGCGUUUCAAGGCUGGACUAUUCGCUGAGGAAGGAGCAAGAGAAACUCAUAGACAGGAGGAAAUUAAGCAAUACUAUAGAUCCUUCCUGUGGAGUUUGAUUUUUACAAUUCCAGUGUUCUUAUCCUCCAUGGUCUUCAUGUAUAUUCCUGGUCUAAAACAUGCAUUGGAUACUAAAGUAAUCAAUAUGCUGAAUGUUGGAGAGAUUUUGAGAUGGGUAUUAUCCACUCCAGUACAGUUCAUUAGUGGACGACAAUUCUACUCUGGGUCCUACAAAGCACUGUGCCAUGGUUCUGCAAAUAUGGAUGUCCUGAUUGCCUUGGGAACAAAUACAGCUUACUUUUAUUCGGUGUACUCAGUGUUGAGAGCAGCUGCUUCUCAAAAUUUUGAGUCCACUGAUUUUUUUGAGACUAGCUCAAUGCUCAUCUCAUUUAUACUCCUUGGGAAUUAUUUGAAGGUUUUGGCAAAGGGGAAGACAUCUGAGGCCAUUGCAAAACUGAUGGACUUGGCUCCUGAGACAGCAACACUUUUAACUCUUGACAAGGAAGGAAAUGUGGUAAAUGAAGAAGAAAUAGAUAGUCGGUUGAUCCAAAAGAAUGAUGUGAUUAAAAUUAUCCCUGGUGCUAAAGUAGCUUCAGAUGGCUUAGUUAUUUGGGGGCAGAGCCAUGUAAAUGAGAGCAUGAUAACAGGAGAGGCCCAUCCAGUGGCAAAGAGGAAGGGGGAUACGGUGAUCGGAGGGACUGUGAAUGAGAAUGGGGUGUUAUAUAUUAAGGCAACGAGGGUUGGCUCUGAAAGUGCUCUUUCACAGAUUGUCCGACUUGUUGAAUCAGCACAGAUGGCUAAAGCUCCAGUGCAGAAAUUUGCAGAUUGCAUAUCAAAAUAUUUUGUGCCUCUAGUUAUUGUUCUUUCCUUUUCCACGUGGCUUGCCUGGUUUUUGGCAGGAAAGUUCAAUGGCUACCCAAAAUCUUUGAUACCAUCUUCCAUGGAUAGCUUUGAGCUUGCAUUACAGUUCGGCAUUUCUGUUAUGGUCAUAGCCUGUCCUUGUGCUCUAGGCCUUGCAACUCCCACGGCUGUCAUGGUUGGUACUGGAGUUGGUGCUUCUCAAGGUGUACUUAUCAAGGGUGGCCAAGCUUUAGAGAGUGCACACAUGGUGAAUUGCAUUGUGUUUGACAAAACAGGAACUCUCACAGUGGGGAAGCCAGUGGUUGUUAACACCAGGCUCUUGAAAAAUAUGGUGCUUCGAGAAUUCUAUGAACUGGUUGCAGCAGCAGAGGUGAACAGUGAGCAUCCUUUAGCCAAAGCCAUCAUUGAGUACGGAAAGAAAUUCAAGGACGGCGAAGAGAACCUUGCCUGGCCAGAAGUGCAAGAUUUUGUUUCUGUUACGGGUCAUGGUGUGAAAGCGACUGUCCGGAACAAGGAAAUAAUCGUGGGGAACAAGGGCAUGAUGUUGGACCACAGCAUCCCAAUUCCAUCAGAAGCAGAAGAUAUCCUAGCUGAAACUGAAGACAUGGCUCAGACUGGGAUUCUAGUAUCUAUAGACAGGGAGAUGACUGCCAUUAUAGCCAUAUCUGACCCAUUGAAGCUUGGUGCUCAGGAGACCAUUUCAAUUCUGAAGUCCAUGAAUCUGAGGAGCAUCAUGGUGACUGGAGACAACUGGGGAACUGCAAAUUCCAUUGCCAAGGAGGUUGGCGUUGAAACUGUCGUUGCAGAAGCCAAGCCUGCUCAGAAAGCAGAAAUGGUGAAGGAUUUACAGGCUUCAGGCUACAUUGUGGCAAUGGUGGGAGAUGGCAUCAAUGAUUCACCAGCCCUUGUGGCUGCAGAUGUUGGAAUGGCAAUUGGGGCUGGCACAGACAUUGCCAUUGAGGCAGCUGAUAUUGUCCUCAUGAAGAGCCACUUGGAGGAUGUGAUAACUGCCAUUGACCUUUCCAGGAAAACCUUUUUGCGGAUUCGUUUGAACUACUUCUGGGCUUUAGGUUAUAAUGUCCUUGGGAUUCCAAUUGCGGCUGGAGUCUUUUUCCCAUCCACCGGAUUCCGUUUGCCGCCGUGGGUUGCUGGAGCUGCAAUGGCGGCUUCCUCUGUCAGUGUUGUUUGUUGCUCUCUCUUGCUCAAAAAUUACAGGAGACCAAAAAUUUUAGACACCCUUGAGAUACAAGGAAUAAUGGUGCAGUCAAAUGAUUGAUAAUACGGACCUUGAUUGUGUUGCCACUACAUACCUCUCCAUGUGUUGGUAGAUUCUUGUCCAAGAUCAAGUUGGUGCAGUGCAGUUGACAAACCAAUGAAUAUAAUUUAUAAAUAGAUUCCAGUGUUUGUGUUAGAA